UGCAUAUUAUUUAGUGAGUUUUCAAUUUUAUAUUUAAUCAAAAUUAUUUGGAAAUUCCAUGUUUCCUCAUAUUGAUUUCUAUUUCCAAACUUUCAUUUAACAUAUUUAAUAUAUAAUUUUAUAAUGAAAUAUAGUGUUCUUAAAUUAGACAUUAAAAUGUAACGGUAUAAUACACUCGAGGACUAUACCUAUUAGAUUUAGAAUUUAUUGCUCUAAAUUUUGGAUUCUAUUGUUUAACUAUUUUCUUCUGGUGACGUGGCAUUAAAAUGCAGAAAAAUAUGUGAACUACAAGUGAUGUUUGUGUUUAAAUACUUUGAAAGGGAUGGAUGAAAACAUAAGCUCACCUUGCAAGGACUCCAAUGUUGGUGUUGAGGUCCAGUUGCAAACAGAGGUGGAUCAUUUAAAGCAACACCUUGCUGAAAGGGAUGCCCAUUUUGUAGCUCUUGAAUCCGAGUACUACAAGUGUACAUCAAGGAAUACAGAUUUAGAAGAACAGCUUAACACACAGUACGAAAAAUAUGAAAGGUUGUAUGACUCAUAUAAGAAAGUGCAAAAAUUAAAUCAAGUUUUAGAAGACAAGUUAUUACAGUUGGUGGAUAAAAUGAAGAGUGAAAAGAGUCAGUUAACAAAAGAUGUUGCAACCCUUUCUGUGAGACUUGCUGAGUCUAAACAUAGUUACAGUAUGCUUCAAAAGGAGAAUGAGAGGUACAAAAAUGAUAUGAAUCUGGCAAUACAAUUACUUCAAUGUAAGCCUGAUAAUUUUGUUGCUCAAAAAUUAGAUAAUCUUCCGGUGGACACUCAAGCUAGGGUUUCUCAGUAUGUUAUGUCCAAAUCUGCUAAACCUACAAGUUUAAAUACGACAAAGCCCGGCAAUGAUAUAGACACAUUUGACGCAAGUGAAUAUGAGUUCAAUAUAUCUGCAUCUCUUAUGACUAAAAUACUUGAAGACAGUAUUCAGGAUACUGUUACUAAACACUGUGACACAUGUUCGUGUUCAAAGUCACAGAAUAAACCAUUCUGUUACGAUGAAAGCAACUACACAGUAUCAACACAAACUACACUUAGUGGUGAUAUCAAACCUAUCCUGUGUCUCAACUGUAAAACCGAAAUAAGAUCAUUGAAUUCAGAAUUAAGUGAAAUAAGUAUUUCACCUCCUGUGAUCACACUUGCCAAUGAUAAAACCAUAAAGCAGAUUAAUGAGCCUGUAUUGGUAGUUCCCCAAUCUGAGCCACCAGAAGAAGAAGAUUCAGAAUAUAUUUUACGGGAGAAUCUUCAACCAAAUCCUAUUAGAAGUAAAAUAAAAAUUGAUGAUUAUUUUAAAAAAGAAUUAAUAUUACAGAAAGUAGAUCGCGAAAAGUAUAAAAAUAAUGGAAGUGUCAAUAUGGAGCCUUCUGUACACCACAAAUUAUGUGAUAGAACAAAAACUUCAAUUUCGAGUAUAAAAAGCUCACAUAGUGUGGGUAAUGAAGAAUUGCCAGUUAAAGAAAUCUUAAGAGAAAAUCCUGGUAUUAAUCAAAGUCCUUUUGUAGACAGUGUAAAUAUCAAGAAAAAUUCUCAUAGUUCAAUGGGAGGUGGUAGUAGAACUUCUUCAAUAGCGAAGUCAACAGUGAGUACUCAUAAAUCUACAAACCCUGUGGGACCGGGUCCCAGAUUCUGUCAUUUGAGAAUGCAAGCCGGUUCGAAAAAUAUAUUACUGGAUAAUGCUGAGCCAGAUGUACCUCCAGUAUUAUAUAAAAGACAGAGCAAGUGUAACGAAAACUCUAUUUUUAAAGACUUGGACAAUUUUAUAGAUUUAGAUAAAAGUGAUGAUGAAAUGAAAACAAAUAAUAACAAUGAUAAUUUGGUAGUGGAGACCACUCUUAUAGAUGUACAUGUCGACAGUAAUAAUAAAGAGUCAAAUGCGAGUGAUAAAAGUACCUCAAUAAAUCCAAUUCUACUAAAUGUUGUAUCUUCUGCACCAUUGCAGCCACUGAAGACUCACAAUUUCUGUUCUAAUAAUGAUACUGUCAAUAAUGAACAUAGCACUACAAGCCACCAAAUCAGUGAAAUUGAUAACUUGUUAAAUGAUUUCCAUCCAGGAAAUGCUAACUCCGUUCAAGAAAAUUUACCAAAAGAAGAUCAUAUAAAUAAAAAAGAUGUAACGCCAACGGAUAGUCACGACGUAAAAAUUUUCAAUUUCGACCGUUAUGAACAAAACAAAAUCGCUGCUCAAUUUACAAGACCACUAAAAAAGAUUGAGAUGUCUCAGCUGCAUUCUUUAGAAAAUACGAAAAUUUCAAAAGAUUUACCACCGCCAGUGAUAACGUUAAAUAAUGAAAAACCCGUGGAUCAAAUUAAACAGAUACCAAAUAUUGUAAAUGUUUACCCAAACUUAACACAGACUCAUUUAAAAGCUAAUGAAUCGAAGUUUAUAAAAGAGCAAAGCACUAGCUCGUUGUCUAGUGAUGAUAGUGCAGCCUUGUUGCAAAAGCAACAGUUGUUAAGAGUUGCGGAGUGGGUUGAAAAAAACCUAGAACAGCAAAAUAAUUUGAAUGAUCCAUUGGAAGACGAAUGCAACUUUGCGAAUCGUUCACUAAGACACGACAGUAAAAUAAAUAGACUGACAGAAACACUCAAUGAGUUGGCUAUGAAUAUGCCACAUCCUGUUAGCAAAUAUUCCAAAACAUUUUCUCGCGAGGCGCGCAACAAUUGGGCACAAAUCAAUGCCAAUACAAACAAUGCUACUCUAGAUAAAGCUGCAAAACACAAUGCUAACGUUAAACUUGUCAACAAUGUUGUUAAAGAAACAAUAUUUCCCGUUGAAAAUGAUGUCACAGUAACAGAAAUCAAUGACAAAAGUCAAAUUAAAUUUGAUCAUGACCCAAAUAAAGAGUUGCGAGAUGUACUGAAAGCCAAAGGUGGUAAGGACAUAUCACCUGAAGAUUUAGCUAGAAUGGAGUAUAAUGUAAAGAAAUUUCUUUUAAGUGGGCCGUGUUGGGUGAAUUCAAAUUCAGUUGGUAGAAGCCGACGAACAAGUAGCAAAACUGAGACUGAUGUGUAAUUCCAAAUAUAGUCAUUACAUUCCAAAUAUCUUGCGAGUAGAAUUUAUUUAUUUCAGAUACAGGGCUUAGCUAUUGCUUUUAUUUAGAAUCGUAUUACCAAGUGUAAUAAUACCUAAGGAUGGUAGAAUUUUAUGAAAAAAAAAAAAUUGACGGUUAAUGCCUUUAAUGAUUUUAAUCAUUUACAAUUCACAAUUUUUGGGUAAUACAGGAUACUUUAUAAGAUUGGUUCUAUGUAUAGGACAAGAAAACAAAAGUCAUAUGCCUAUGUCUACAUACUGUGUUGAUAUAACAUGUGGCCUAUUUAUAGUUUAAAUGCAAUAAAUCUUGAAUAAUCUAUCUUAAAGAGUAUCUUUAUUACAAUGGUAAUUAUUGUGGCCUCAAGACGAUCUAUAUGAGUUUAGAUCGAACACUUGAAAGCGUGUAAUAGCACCUAACUAACCUAACCACCAAAAAUUUUGGUAAUAAAAUAUAGUACAUACAUAUAUAUUGCGUAGUUAGGUGAUAUGUUGACAUUAACACCCGUAUUCACAAACGUUGCCUCCUUGAGUAUUGCAGCAACUCUAUGGUAAGUACGAUGUUUUGCAUUGCAUUUGGAGAGGAGGAUAAUACAUUUGCGUAUUGAAGACCCCGAAACGGGCCUAUCUGUCGGGCUCGGGUGUAAAAACCCCCUACCGACUCUCGCCUACAGGCUUUUACAACGAAGCCGGGCGGGGUCGUUCGGUAUGCCAAGCCGUUUAAUUUUAUAAACAAUACAUUUUGAGUGCGGACGCAUAGCAUUAAAUGGCGCGCUGUAAUUGGUUACCGUUGUGUUGCGACUUCUUUCGAGUUAACUGACAGGACAGAUGACAGAUAUAAACGUCAGAAGGAAUUGUCAUAGAAUUUAUAAUUCUCGAAUCUCGAUAAGCACACAAUUUGUAGUUGAUAACGUUUUUAUAAUCUAUUUCUUUAGUAGCUUUUCUCUACGAAUGUAGCUCUUAAGAUUAGUUUGAAUUGAAAUCUAUUGGGAAGUAAAUAAUUGAAUUGUAGAUAAACUGGAAACUCCCAGAUGAAUAAAAUCUCAAGCCAACCAAUAACUGAAAAAUAGGGGGCACUGGAAGGCCUCUGCUUUCAAAAGAUCUGCAUUUAUUAAAAGCAGAAUAACAUUAAAAACUAUGUCUCUGGGAAAUCUAUAUUAUCGUCAUUUGAAUUCCUCGUCACUAAUAGACAAAAGGGUAUUGAAUAUCUAGUAUAACUUUUGUGGUUAUAGUUUUUCGGAAGUAAAAUCUAUCACGGGUAUAAGUAUCAAAUUAUUCUUCAUUAUUGUAAUCCACUAUAUUAAAAGCAAUAAAAUACGAAACAACACUGGCAUGUUGCAAUUAACAUGCAAACAUAACCUAUAUUUGGUAACAGAUAUAUUAAAAUUAGUAAACGAAUACUCUAAGCUUGGUGGUCUACCGUAACGUGACAUUGGCAAACUUAUGGUAUACCUUCCACAGGAGCCAUAGUAGGAAGAAUAGAAUAGAAUACCUGUACGCUCGUUUUGAUGAACUUUUUAAUGUCGUUCUACCCUCAAGUGUUGUUUAUGAAUAGGUUUUCUGUACCCUGCGCGUUCGAGCGCACCAUGAGACCUCAUAACGCUUGUGAAUACGGUUGUAAGAUAGGAAGUGACGCGUAAAACUGACGCGUAUUGAAUCAUACAAAGUAAUCAAAGUGUAAUCAUACAAUUUUCGACAAACAUUAGUUAGUAUAUAUUAAUAAUCGCGUGUUUGUGCUGUAUGUUUUAUAUUACUUUCUAUAUAAGUAUGUUGAGCUUCUAGUCCUGAAAUAAUAUAUAAUUUGGGUAGAUUUGUGUUACAGUAUAUUGUGCUUAGAUUAGCAGUCUUCAGUGAUUGUUUUUAUAUUAUAUCAAGUAAAACUAUCUGAAAAUCAAGUAUAAACGCUACAAAAUUAUAUUAUCAAAGCAUAUAUUGUACCUAAUGAAAUGAGGCUGCCAUUAAAAGGAGUAGUAAUAAGUAUAGUUUUGGACAAAUAAGGCAUUCAAGUUUCUAUACUAUGUGAUAAUUUUAGGUUAGUUAACACAAUGUACAAAAUUAGCACCCUUGCAUGUCGUAGGGCCCUAGUCAAGAAAUAUUGUUAAUUUAUACCGAAUAGCUUCAAAUUGUUAAAGACCUUACAUAUGUAAUAUGUGGGUAUGAAGUAUGUGUUGAACUCAAUUUGGGUUGUCUUUACUAUGUGACAAGAUUAUUUAUGCUAUGUCUUGAUCAAGAAUCUAAAAUUAACUGGAUGUAAUUCCAAAAAACGUUCCAAGCCACAAUCAUGUCAACAUUGAGUUAAGAACACAAAACUGGUCAUAUGAUUCAUAUUAAUGGACUCACAAAAAAUGGCAGCCCUACUGUCAGUCUUUAAAUGACAUCAUGACUUAGUAGCCCAACCCACAUGUAUGGAGUACAUAAUUUUUAUUAAACUUUAAACACAAAUUCCUUAAAAUGUGAUGAUUGUGGCUUGGAACGUUUUUCAGGAACUACGUCCAACUAUGGGAGAUAGUACUUGCAAAAAAGGUGUUAAAUAAUCAUUUAUAUUAGGUAAAUAAUCUUAUAUUUUUACUUUUUCUUAAAGAUUUGUAUGCAAGUGAUAUAACAUUACAUUUUUUAUUAUCUAGAUAUUAUAUUAAUUAUAUUCAAUACUUCAUUAUUUCUUGUGGAUGAUAAUAAUUCUUUUAAACGCGAGGGUAGAAUCAUCAUCAAGUUUCUAGCAAAUGUGUGCAGAAGGAACAGAUUUCUUGUUGUGUCGUUGUCUCAGAACUUUUGAGUUAAGGAAGUAUUGUAUUUGGCGCCAGUAUUAUAAUAAAGUCACUAUUAAUCAAUGUCUUGACUAGAGCCUUGUCUAAUUCAAGAGUUUUUAAAUAAACCCAUGUUUGUACUUACAGCAUUCAUUAAGCCAAGUAUUGAAAUAUAAAAAACAACAAUGGUUAAAACCCCAUUGAUUUUCAAUUCCUUCGUAGACCUUCAGAUGUAAGAGUGUGGAUUAUCUAUAAACAAUUGAGUUAGAAUGUUUUUUUAUCUGCGUAGGUUAUGUAUUAUGUUACAAAGUUGAUUGUCAUACUGGAAAUUCACAAAUAAAAUUUGAAAAACAAAAUUUUAUGAACGAUGCGGGAUUCGAACCCACGACCUCCGGCGUUCCGUGCCGGUGCUCUAACCAACUGAGCUAACCGUUCGAGUACCGCCUCGUUAUAAAAUUCUGUUUGCUUUGUUCAACUCUCAGGUUGUGGCUUCAUCUACAGGAUCUACUUAACAGUUGAUCACCUGCUCAACCCCAAUAUUUGCAUAUUAGGAAAUUGACUUGAGAUGGCCCUCUUGUAAAUCUAAACAAUAUGUUAUGUUUUUAAAGUGAUAACCCUCAUUUCUAGGAUUAAUACACAAAUAAAAUUUGAAAAACAAAAUUUUAUGAACGAUGAGGGAUAUUUCGAAACUUUAAAAACAUAACAUAUUGUUUAGUGGAAAUUUAAAAUUCUAGCCAUGUUGACCGGUCACCAAAGUUAUUAUCAGGUUUAUACGCGUAUUGAUAUAGCACUGUGCUAUAUUGAUUUUGCUAUUGUAUGUCAGAAGAUGUUUACAAAACUUUUUAAUAGAUUUUUUUUGAAAAAAAAAAUAGGUACCCUUUAAUAUUACGUUUUAUGUAGCGACAUAAUACAUUUCCUAACACAUCGCGCGUAAGUAAUAGAAUUAAAGCGGCGAUCAAACUUUGUAGAGCCAUAGACAAUAGACAAUUGUUCCAUACAAAUAUAUAAAUAGAUGUAAUUUUGAGCAAAUUGGUUGGGAUUUUUCGCAAAAUAUUUAAUAUUGUAAUAACCGACACAGAAACAUUAUACAGAAUACCUUUUUCGAUUGUAGGUACUAUUAACUAUAGUAUGCAUCAGUCACUAUGUACUUAUAGUUUUUUCUUUAUAAAUGAUUAAGUAAUGAUAAAUUGUUUAAUGGCGCGGCUUAUUUUUCUUAGAAUAAAUAUAAUAUUGAUUGUUUAAACUAGGGCCAUAAGAUGCUUAGCGUAUUCUCAAUAUCUGUCUAUUUUCUGAAUUUAAUUUUAUCUAUUCAAAAGUCCACGUGGGUUCCGUCGAUAAGAGUUAUUGGAAAUAAUAGAUAUGCCCUUAUAUUAAUAUACUGCUUGUGCUUACACAAUCGGCAGCUAGUAAAAUAUUUUAUUAUCAAACAAUGUAUUUUAAUUAUGAGUAGGUAUAUAAUAAAUGUAUUUCAUUGUGUGACUAAAUGGAUUUAUAUUUUUGAAAUAGCGUAGUUAGUUUAAUGAGAGAGAUAGCAUUCCGCCAAAUUCGUUUGAAACAGUUUUCAGUUAUUUUUCUGAUUACAGACGAAUUCAGAACUUAAAUAAGCUAUAAGAAUUACAUAACUAAUUUGACGUCAUAACAAUUAAAACGACUUUAUUUAAAAAAUUAAAAUCGAUUGGAAAUUGUCGCCAAUAGUAACUAAAUUGAAAAUGUCAGCGAGGAAAUAUACCUAUAUCUAUUACUUUUAUUCGUUUGUUAUUAUACUUUUAUUAUUUUGAGUUUUACGUAUUACAAUUGUUACUAUGGAAAACGGUAAAAUUCGAAAAUAGUUGCCGAGCAUGAGUGCUCAGUCUUAUACAAUACCACAGAAUAAAGUCCUUCGGGGGAUUAACGAGUUUUUACUUUAAAAGUGAAAUCUUGUGUAAGUGAUGACACCACAUACAUGAUCAAAAUUUAGUUGGUCAGUUUAAAGUCAAGCAUGAAUUGAGCCAAAUGCUGAAUGCGUUCUCGUUAAUCCAAACGACGAAUGAAUGCUAGCGAAUGGUCUCUCUUUUCCACUUGCCUCCAGGGGCGUGCAUAUCACACAGGCAAUUAGGCAGUGCCUACCUCGUUGUUAAACUUAAUUUAGUUUAAUUUGGUUCCGUUAUUUUAUAACCAAAUUUCUAUUGAAACCCCACUCAAGUAAGUAAUCUCUAGGCUCAACUACGACUAGUUACAUCUACAGUGCCUACCUGGUCGGAAAAUCAAUGCACGCCCCUGCUCGCCUCGCAACAUAGUGUUCGUCUUUCGUUUGUUAUAUUAUGUGAAUCCAUUACAGGAUUUCCGAUCUGCUUCAACUCAGACUGUGAGUCUAACGUAGGCUUAAACUCCGACUAUCUUAUUAAUAAACGCAAUGCAAAUUUAAAAUUACUACUCCCUGUCAUGUAAUUCUGUAGUGACGGGUAAGAUAAAGGCAAAGGGUCUUGCAAAUAAACUAGGUAUAAAAUUUAUACACUGCUUACAAUUUAGACAUUUUGCUUAUGAUUGGUUUAUUCGGACGUAUAACGAAUCCCGCGUUUAUUUGCAUAACUGUUUAACAUUCGGAAAACUUCAGAAUUAUCAUUUUUUUUUUAGUGGCACGGGAUGCAAGUCCAUAGGCCAGAAUUAUCAUUGUGAUGACAGUGUUGUCAGCGAUGUAGUCAACAUUUUGCAUAUUCAUAGUUUAUUCUCAGGUAGGUAUAUAUCCAACUUUAAUUGUAAGGACGUAUAUGUUUUUGAUUUGGAAUAACUUUACUUCCCGUUUAUAAAUAACACAGCGUAUUUAAAAUGUAAACGUAUUUGGCGGAAUGUUAUGAAUAUAAGUUUGCUGUUUGAUGUACUGUGUAUUAUUUAUAACUAUAAUAAUUUCUGACAGACAAUUCAACCUAAAGUAGACGCGCUACUGGGGAUAUGCUUUAGCAUAAUAUGAUUGGCAGUGACGAUGCAUAAUAGCCGGCCCCGCCCCUUUAAGUCUAUCAGUCCGCCGCCGAGAAUCACAGUGGUAACAUUGUCCGUGUUACUGUUAUAAUACCGUAUUGUUCAGUAAAAUGGCGUGAAAAGUGUAGUACAACGUAUCACGAAAGAUGGCAUUACAUUUCACAGGUUUAUCAUUAACGGUGUUUUCCAUAAAUAAUCAUUGAAAUAAUUAACUGAACCAAAAGAGCUCGGGUUGAUAUCUUUUUUCACAUCCUUUUCUUUCGUUGAUAAUUUCAUAUAACACUAUCUCGCUCUGUCAUUGGCACGUGUAAACUAGUGAUGAGGCACCAUGUUAAUGUACGACUGGCUUAUUGGAAAAAAAACUGAAUCAAAAUCAAUAUGAAGUGUUUAUACUCAGCAGUUUUAUAAUUUUAUUUUAAAUUCUGUAAGAAAUAUACGAAUGUUUGUAAAAUUAGGUAACGACUUAAAAAUACGCACAGAAAUAUGUAAAAAUACUUAUGUUAGUGUUAAGAGUGUUACAUAUAGCUUAAUUUUAUUUUGCCUAAUAUAUUUACAAAUGGAGUAAAAACCAGGGAAAGGAGAUACUUUAAGGAUAUAGAGCGGGGAAUUUAAGGAGGUAUAAAAAUGUAUAGAGAAGAUUAUUAAGUGGUCCUAAGUAAAGAACAUUACCCUCAUCUAGGCCCAAGGGCGUAAAUACCGCCGUAAUAAUUAUCCGGGACCCCCGACGUGCGUAAGCAAAAAUUAAUAGAAACUUUUGAUGCUUGCCGAAAAAAAGGCAUAUUUAAUUAUUUGAACUGCUUGUAAACAUUUUGGAAAGAGUGACAGAUAGAUAAUUAUGAUGAGGCAAUUUUUAUUUUAAUGUUAUACAAACAUAUUUAUGUUCUUUUGUGAGAAAACUUCACCCUUCAUAAGCGCCCUCAAACUAUUUUUUAUACGGGGCCCCGCCAAGUCACGCUACGCCACUGUCUAGGCCACAGUCACACAGAGAGUGAUCCCUAAUUCGAAGUUUUGCCAGAAAUUACUGGAGUGCAGGCAUGGUUUAGUUUAGUUUCUCAACCUUAUUUUGCUCACCACCCACUUUGAGAAUAUGUUUUUUUCUAGAGUAUUUUCGUGUAUUUUUUGCCUUUUUAGACUAUAUUUUUAAUCUACCCACGCUAAUUUUCUCUGGGUCUUCUACUGCCCCCCCGAAAGUCUCAAACGCCCACAAGGGGGCGUUAUCGCCCACUUUCAGAACCUAUGAGUUUAGACGUAUAGGUUGAAUUGUCUGUAUAAACUUAAUAUCUAGCACAAUAAUUAUUUAUCAAUGUUCGUGUAUGUAUAUUCCAAAUGCAUUUAACGUAUUUUAUGAAAAAUUACGACUUGAUAUUGGUUUUGAAUAUGCAGGUGCAUAAUUAUUUAUAUUCAUAUUGAUUGCUAUUGUCUGUGUUAUUAUUUGAAACUAAGGUUCGUGUUCCAAAAGGCGUUCAAGUGAGCUUUACCACUGUCUUCAGAACUGCAUAAAACAAAAAAUUAAUCGCGGAUUACGCAAAUGGAACGCCGAGAAUACGGGCCAAAAUAUGAUAGUGUUAUGUAAGUACCUAAAUUAAAAAAAAAAUCGUGUUUGUUUUUUUAUGGAAUAAUUUUCAAUAUUUGGAAAGUGGAUCUGCUUUGCUGAAUUUCUCAUGCUACGGCUGGUCCUUAUAGCAGCUUUGAAGGCAUAACUACCUACAUUGUAAUUUUAUUUAUGAAAAUACAUGGUGUAUAAA